GCAGACUGCGUAUACAGCAACGUACGAACGAGUUGUGGGGCGAGUGGCCGGCAGCGCACGGACGCUUCAGAGAUCAAUCUUCCGCGCCUCGCCAUGCAGCGCUACGCCAUGGCGCUGACCUUUUACGCGCUCUGGGUCGGCUCCAUCUUUCUCUUUCAAGGCGCCGUGCUCACACUUCUCUGGAGUGCACACUACCGGUGGCAUGUCGUCGCCUUCUACGUCGCGUACGCCUCGUGGCGCUACCUCUCACCUCUCGACACGUGGCCGCUCGCGCAGCGUUGGAUGUUGCGCAUGAACGCAGCGUGCCAGUACUUUCCGUCGCGGGCCGUGGUCUUUGAGAAGGGUGCCACCGCGCCGCCGCCCGACACGAAGGCCAUGCUGGCCUACCACCCCCAUGGCAUCCUUGCCUGCGGCUGGGUCGCCAACGGCUUUGCCGACUCCGUGUUUGCGCCGUCCCAGAUUUCCUGGCUUGUCUCGGAGCUGCUCUUUCUCAUGCCACCGAUCGCCAACAUCAUCUCGUGGUUUGGCUGCGGUCCCGUGCACCGCGUGAACUUUGAGGCGCUUGCAAAGCGGGGUCGCAACCUCGCGCUCAUUCCCGGCGGGUUCGAAGAAGCGACCAUCUACGCCUUUGGAAAGCACCGCGUGUAUCUCAAGGAGCGCAAGGGCUUUAUCAAGCUCGCGCUCCAGUACGGCUACAAGGUCUACCCAGUCUACACAUUUGGGGAAGAGCGCACGUAUCUCGCUUUCCAGCCAGGUCUGCGUUUUCGCCUCGCGCUCAACCGGUUUAAAUUGCCCGGCGCGCUCUUCCGAGGCCUCUGGUGGUGCUUCUUCCUCCCGUUUGCGUCACAGACAAUGACAACGGUGGUUGGUGCGCCGAUGCAGCUACCGACGCUGCCGUCGCCGACGCCGGACGAUGUGCGCAAGUACCACGACGCGUACAUGGAAGCCCUCAACGCGCUGUUUGAGCGCCACAAGGCAGCGUACGCCCACGACCCCAACGAGACGCUGACGUUCUUUUAACGAACGAGUCCAGGCACGGUAUAGCUGUCCUCGCAACACCGAGACUUCACAAGAGAUGUCCCGCUCUUGGCUGCUAAAUGUCUUGCUACUCGGC